UACUGUACGUACAAACGGUACAAGACCGCAAGGGAUGCGGCUGAAUUUACGCCAGUCGCACGUGCAGUUUUUAUUCGGUUAAGUCGUUACCUGGAAGUUAGUAAUGUUCUUAAACGCGGUUUAUCCUUAGCUCAAAGAGCCGAAUUUUACACAGGACCGACUAUAGUUAAAAACGGGCAACGCAGUUCAGCACCAGAGCUGUCCGAGCCUCGGCUUCUCCGCAUGAACCUCGUCAAGCCGCCCCACCACUUUAAAAACUGCUUUAUUAUUUAUAUUUGCCCAUUUACUUCAGUCAUUCUGGGCAUCUUAGUUUUGCGGGGGGGGGGGGGAAACAACUGUCAGAAACACAUACUUUUAAGCCAAGCGGAGCUUGAAAUGCGGUGUUGACGGCUUAAAAGGAGACGGGAAAAAUCAAGUGCCGGAGUGCUGUCCGCUUUGGUCUCAGACAUGGGUGUCCUGAUGUCCAAGAAGCAGCAGGUGGAGAAGGUGAGGAAGUGCAGUGCAGUGGUUACAGUAUUCAAGGAGGGAAUAACCAACCGACCACCUCAAGCUAGUCGCACUGAUACUGAAGACCACACUAAUCCCACUGAGGGGCCUGAAAUCUCUGAAACAGACCAGAAGGAGGAAGAGGAGUCAGACAAUGGCAGAAAACAAACAGCCCCUGUGACACAGCAGGUGUCCUCUUCAGUCAAUCAGGAAGCCUGGUCUCGGCUGCUUGAUGGCAAAGGGGUGGAACCAGAGGAUCUUAAAAAAACCAAUCAGCUUGUCCCUCCAGCCUUCAUCCGGCCAAAAAGGGACAUCAAUGAUGACCAGCCAGUCAAAAGUGACCUAUAUCAGAGGGAAGAGCCCACUAAUGAUGAGAUGUGUGACGUCUGCGAGGUGUGGACCGCAGAUGACCUGUACCCUUGUCGGAUCUGUACCCGAGUCUUCCACGACGGGUGCCUGCGAGAGAUGGGAUAUCUGAGCAAGGAGAAUCUGCAGGAGAUGAGGGAGACUGCGCAGACCACCACGGGCUGGAGCUGCUACUACUGUGACAAUGUCAACCUCCUUCUCACAGAAGAAGAGAUGUAUAGUCUCAUGGAAACCUUCAAACAGUGUAAGAUCAUUCCAGAGUCAUGCCUCGGGUCAGACGGUCUUCUAUACUACAAGCACUUUGUGUUCAAGCAGCUUUUUGAGAGAGAACUGUCAGACGAGCAGGAGGAGGAAGUCCUGGCCCAAUAUGCCAGUCUGGACACUGAGAAGAAGGGCCACAUCGAGUGGUCGGACUUCCUGUACCAUGAAUCCUUGGGAGUCCUGAAGAAGUUCCGUACUCAGAACUCACUGGUCAGGUUGCUGACGGCCAAAGAGAGAGAUCGAGCGAGGUUGGUUUUUUUCGGCCUGGACCAAGAUAAAGAUGGAUUCAUCACCAUGUGGGAGACACGCAGAGUCCAAACAUCCUGGUUCCAGAAACAUACGAAGGAGUCACAGUCCUGCAGUGUUAGUAUCAGUCACGUCGGGCCCAUAUCAGAGAGCAGCCCCGCCAGCUCUGGGAGUGAAAAGAGCAGAGGGAAGAUGUUUCAUUCUGACAAGGACCAAAACAGCAGACAGGUGGGCUGGCAGGAGUUUCUGAGAGAGAGUGGGAUCUACAUCCUGGCUGCCCGGCCCAACAGUCCCUCACUGCACCUCCUUCCUCCAGCCUAAACGUGACCGUCCCCAAGUCAAGGCUUGUGUGCUGGGGAGGGGUGUCACAAUGAUGCAGAACACCAUGGGAUGACAGGAAACACCAAACUGAUGACACCAAGGAGUUUCUUAUUUCCAUUUUGUGAACAAGGUGUGUUAACUGCCAUCACCACAAGUAGACGAUGACAGUAAAAUAUUUAUAACAAAAUUAUAUAUAUAAACAUUGAUACCUUUUCUAAUUUUGAGGUAGUGCAUUUGUUAUAAAAGUUUUAUUUAACAUCGUAACAUGUAUGGUAGUCUGCUGGGAGAGAAUUAGUAAUAGAUGUUAAUGUCUAUUAUAUCUCAAUAAAUGAAAACUACUUCAGUAUUAAAGCACAUAAAUACAGAACCUUUUACUUUGACACUACAUAUUAUGUGUCACCUUUGCACUUUUUAAAUACUUUUCCUAGAAAAGAAAAACUUUAAAAUGGAGAAAUAUCGUUAUAUGUAAUACAGAGCCUACUAUACGUUUGAUUAAUGUGCAGCAUUUCAAUUUACACAUCAGUUAUUAAAUAAAUUCAUGAUACAAGUAUUUCCAGUAUCAUUGCGUGAAGUGAGUAAGUGAUGUUUGACUGUAGCAUCAUAAUAAUUUACAUUAUUGCCUCUAAUGACAGCUUGGUGUCAAUCACAUGUUGCCUUCAGCUUAUGUGGAUUUUGGAGAUUCAGCAAAGCGACUGACAAAUAUUGACGUCUUAAUUAAGAAAACGGCUAAAGUCAAGAUUUGUUGUCUCAAACUGUCGGGUGUUCUAAGAGGGCAAGCAGAAAAUUAAGGUUGAAAAUCACGUUGACUUAGUGAUCCAUGGCAAUUUUAAUCCACUAGAUAUAUGAAUAUUUAACUGCAUAGAAAUAGGCAGCAUGAAUGAUAUGAGAGCUAAAUACCCAUUAAAAGCUGUUGGACAGCAGAGGAAUGAUGGAAUAUACUGAAGCCACAUGCUGUUCAUCUAAAACAAUAACACCCAAUUAGCGCUUCUGCUUUUAAACACCAUUCCAAGUGUCAGUAUAGAUGUGGCUAUUUUCACAUAAAAAAUAUAAUAGAAGUAUUAUGAGGAAAAUUAUGUACCUCUAAAUUAAAGAUGAGUUCAAAAUGAACUAAUACAAGCUAAUAACCACCAUCUGGCCUAGAAUCGAUGUGCUUCUAAAUAUCCUUCCCUUUAUGUGGGGGGUCAUGGGGGUCCGACAAUAUAGGGAAUAAGCCAGCAUGGGGCGACAACCAUCAGGGUACACACACACCAUUUGGCAUAUCUUGUGGGAUUUGAUGACAUGGGGAGAACGUGGGAACGGCACACAUCCCGGAAGUGUGAGGCAUCAGGGCUAAUGAUUGACAUGGGGAGAACGUGGGAACGGCACACAUACCGGACAUGUGAGGCAUCAGGGCUAAUGACGGACAUGGAGAGAACGUGGGAACGGCACACAUCCCGGAAGUGUGAGGCAUCAGGGCUAACGAUUGACAUGGGGAGAACGUGGGAACGGCACACAUCCCGGAAGUGUGAGGCAUCAGGGCUAAUGACUGACAUGUGGAGAACGUGGGGACGGCACACACAUCCCGGAAGUGUGAGGCAUCAGGGUUAAUGACUGACAUGUGGAGAACGUGGGAACGGCACACACAUCCCGGACAUAUAAGGCAUCAGGGCUAAAGACUGACAUGGGGAGAACGUGGGAACGGCACACACAUCCUGGAAGUGUGAGGCAUCAGGGCUAAUGACUGACAUGGAGAGAACGUGGGAACGGCACACAUCCCGGAAGUGUGAGGCAUCAGGGCUAACGAUUGACAUGGGGAGAACGUGGGAACGGCACACACAUCCCGGACGUGUGAGGUAUCAGGGCUAACGACUGACAUGGGGAGAACGUGGGAACGGCACACAUACCGAACGUGUGAGGUAUCAGGGCUAACGACUGACAUGGGGAGAACGUGGGAACGGCACACACCAUGCCACGCAUACAAAAGUGUAUAUGUCAAAUGAACUUCAUCACCUUUAAGUAGUAUGCCAAUAAUUAAAUGAGAAAAUAACAUGUAUUUUUAAUUUAUGCAUUUUUAAAAAUUUUAUUAAUUUGCUUAUAAUGACGGUGUUCCAAGAUCAGAAUUCUGUCCAGAUGAUAAACAGAGUUACAUAUUUGUACAUAUUUGCUUGAACUGUAUUGUCUGGAUUUAAGAAAUACAUGUAAUAAAACCAAAAUACACACAUUA